UGCAGAGAGCAGGUCUGCCCCGUGGGAGGUCAGAUCCUGUUACGUGAGGCAAGCCAACGUGAUGGGACCAAGCAAGCCAUCUACAUCCGGUAUUACCUUUGCAUCCGAUACCCCACGCUUCAGGAAUGAAGCCACAGUAUUACAAACCCAGCUCCAGUUUAAUAAGAACGUGCCUGCAGUUCCAGAGAAUUUGUCUGUCAGAUUUCCUAGCCCUCAUCCAAUUAUAAUAGAAAAGCUGAAGCCAUCCAAGGAUCAGAGGAGUCUUGCUGCCAGUGACGAUCCCAGCAUAAGAAGCUCUGGCAUGUUUUCAGUGAUAUCUGAAGAGAAACUAAAAUUUGCCAUUCAGCUAGCCAAAAGGGACGUAAGACAAAGACAUUGUGAAGGGCAAGUAAAGCAGCAGGUGUUUGGAGUUGCUGUCAAUAAACAGUUGUUGGCCAAGAGGUCCCAGCAACACAAAAAUGAACUAUUUCAACGUCUGGAGGAGAAAAAUGCAUCGAAUUCUUGGACUACCUUAAAAUGCCAGCACAAACUUGGUCAGCCUUCCAAAGUGAAGACCAGUAGCCCCAGUGCUAAACUUUCUCUCUAUACACCAAAUGAGGGAAGGCUAAUACCAUCUGUAUUAGGUUCUCCGCCCAUCCACGACCCUGGACCAGGGUCCAAGAAAAAUAUCAGAAAAAAAGAUGAUGAAAAUAUACAGGAAGUUCGACGCCUGCAAAAGGAAUUGAGAAGUUGUAUCCAGAAAAUUGAAGAAAUGUCUAAAAAAAAGAGAGAUGAAAUUUUGGAUCCUGGUGAAGAGCAACGAAUUCGCAUUAGGAGGCAGGAGCAAACUGUACAGUCAGCUCGGAAGUUGUAUGUUCUCCAGCAACAAGUAAAAGAAAUUCAGGAUAAUUUAGACAAAUUGAGUCCUCAUAAAAUCAAGCAUACUAAAAAGUCUCAAACAGUAUCCAGAUUGGCUGCAGCACACAGAGGAGCUAUACGAGCCUUGCAGACAUUUGCCAAUCAAUUUACUGAUCAAAGAGAACAAGUUCCUACACACUAUAAGGAACUAGGCAGUCUCAUUCGACAACUGUCUCUCUGCUCUGCCAAACUAGAAAUGGACUCUUUCCUUUCUGACACUAUCAUAGAUAUCCUGCUACAAGUUGAGGAUCUGGAUUCAUUGCUGGAAAAGAAACAAACACCCAAAAAAACAAAGAAAUGUCUGUCAGCAUUUCAGGGCAAAUCACCAGGGAGCAAUAUGGUAUUUCCUGCCAGAACGCGGCUUAGGUCUCCUAGAGGAGAAAAGAAACCUCUCAUCUUAAAGAAGCAGCUUGGACAAGAACCUAGGAAACCUUCAUCUACCAGCAGACUUUUGAUUGACAAACAUGAAUUUGCUGCAAAUGUUUCAGCAGUUCAAAAGACAAACAGUCAUGUUCAAGUACCGCAGAGUGCAUUCCAAGAAGAAAAUGACCCACCAACUCCAGAGAAAAAUGCCAUUUUACAAGGAAGCUUAGAUGCAUUGGCAAGAGCUGGAGCUGUAAAAAAAGGUCCCAUGCUUGAAAGUGGCCCUUUGAGGAAGAAGCGAGUAUUGUUACCAGCAAAAUCAAAGGGAGUGCCUAAACCUGUAAAAUCAAGAUGGGUACAACCUCAAGGAAAACGUGCCCAUUUUCAAGAGACAACUGUAGCUUUCCAACUAAAAGAGAGCAAACGACAGAUUGAGGAGGACAGAAUACCCAGGGUACCUCCAAACCAUACAUCUCCAUCUGCUUCAGCAAAAUGUACUGUCAAGACACCCAGGAAUGCAAGAUCUAGUGAACUCAUUGGUAACUCAACUUCACAUAAAAGGAAAGCAGAAGGAAGAAGACUAAGCUUCACAGAAAAAGAAGCUCCUAGGUCACAGGGUGCUUCUCCCAUCCGGUUUGAAGAAAAAGUUGAGAGAACUGUACAGGAGCAUUUAGAACCUCUUUUGGACAAGGCACAGCAGGUUGCAACAAAUGCAGAUAAACUGACUGAAAAACUGUUAGAUGAUCUUUUGGAAGAUACUGUUCAGGAACUCUGGAGCAUGGAGCAGCAGGAGAGACUCCAGACCCCUGCUUUGGCCAUGGCUGAGUGUCCAAGUUUGGAAGCAAUGUUGCAAAAGAUGGAAGACAUUGAAAGGUAUCAGGAAGCUGUACGUAGGAGACUUACCCAGAUUGUGUACAGUGAUUUGGAGUUCUGGGCCCAGGAAGAGAAGAAAGAACAGCAAAAUGUUCCUUCCUCUCCACAUCCAAUUCAAAUAACUAGAUUAAUUGGACAGAAAGAGCCAGAAAUAGACAUUAUAUUUGAAAACCCUUUUAAUAGCAAUGGUGUUGAUGAAAUCAAAACAUCAGAAGAGAAACUGCAGCCUGGAAGUGACAUUUUGCAGACCUUGAGUCGAAGUAGGUCCCUGCCAAAUGAGUGCUACGUUUCUCUCUCUGUUCCAAAGGCUAUGUUCCAGAACCUCUUGGAUUAUAACAACAGAUACAAGCACCACCUAAAAAUCAUUUCUCAUGAGGCAAUAGGCAGUUUCAAUCCGUGGCAGAUUGCUGAAAGUCUGGCAGAGGAACUGACAGAAGAAGCCCUAUGUGAUGUGGCAGCAGAGUUGCAGAAUGUCUGUGAGGAUUAUGCAGAAGCUGUGUUCACCUCAGAGUUUUUGCAGCCAACAUAGUAAAUGCUUUUAAAUUUGCCUCAGUAACAGCUGCAAUGUCUAGCCUAACAAUUUUAACAGGUGAAUUAUUAUUUUUUUAUGUGUGUUAGAUUCCACUCACCAAAUGAAUUCAACAAGGACUCUUCUCAAGUUUUGCAAAACUGUGAUGACAAUUGUUUUCUUUUCAAAUUUAUUAUACUGGAUUUAUAGAGCUUCUCCCUCCCUCCCUCCUCUAUUCCAUGGUGUUUCGGUAGAAUGAAGCAAAUUUUUACCGGUAAAGUUUACAUGUUCUGGUGAGGCCACUGAUCCGUGUGCACACCUGUAGUUACUUCAUCAAUGUCUGUGUGAUCUGCUUGAUUACAAUAAAGUACUGGAAGGUGGACCUUAGAGUCUAGGUAUGCUAUGAAUUUAGCUGUAUCAUGCUUCAUUUUUCUUCUUCUAAAAUUGAAAAAAUCUGAAUUAUCUACCUCACAAGGGAACUGUAGGCUUUAGUUUAUUCUUGAUAACAAAAUGCAUUGAAUAUAUCUGAAAAUUGUGUUGGAAAGAAUGGGAUAUUCUUGAUAAAGGUGUAAAGCCCAAGUGGAAAACUCAAGAGUAAAAGCCACUGGGCUGCCAUUUAAAGCUUUCAGUAUCAUUCAAGAAAGAUGUUGGCUGCUAGUAAUUGUGGUCAGACAUAGCUGAAUUAGUUAUUUUUGGGGAUGUAGCAAUCCAAAGGAGAGUGAUUCUCCUGGCACAGCCUUAAAUUAAUGCAACACAUAGCAGUGGCUGUACUCCUAUGCAAAAAGCCUACACAAUGGGCUCCUACAGUCAGCUUCCAAAUGUAGGAGGCCUCUUGUUGGUUUCAGAAUGUAUCACUAAUACAUUAUGCUGAGCCAAAUGGGACCUUCCAAUGGAAGCACAUGGCAGAAACUCUUCCCUCCAGCCUUUUUUUUUCCUUUAAUCAGACUAAAACUUUAUUUUCUACCAGCAUUUAAUGAUCCAAGCCUGCAUUUUUUGUAAAAAUUGCUUUGAAAUCAAGAGCAUCAAAAUGACCAGUUGGCAUUUCUCCAGUAUUGAAUUAAGUUGUUACUUUCAGAUACUCGAUACACUGGUUUGGGUUGUAUCUGGAGGAAGCAAUGAGUAAAAAGGAUUUAUGGUAAAAUUUGUGGAAAAUGUGAUCUCGGCUCUUGAGGUAACCUUAAAAAAAAAAAAAAAAAAAAGAAGGUUAGUUUCCUUUCAUAAAGUUAUUUUCUCCAAUAAUACUUAACCUAUUUAAGAAGUUUCUAGCCUUCUGAAAGUGUUAUCUCCUCUAAUUUGAACAUAUAAU